GAUUUGACAAUAACAUAUAAUUUCAGUUUAUGAGUUUGUUUACCUCAUUUGUACGAAAAAUUCUGUGAUUAUUUGCCGAAAAUAUGCCUUCAGAGGCACACAAAUUCACCCCAAAGCCUUCAGACUUCACCACACAUACAUUUUCAGGGAGUGCCAGUGGGCAGGAGUACACAUAUCGCAUCCUCAAAAUGAAGGACUCAACAAUGAUCUACGUGGGUGAGAAGGGAAAUGAAGUCUUUGAGGAAAUGGCCCUGGGCAUGGUGUCAGCUUCCGGUGAUGCACUCGCAACAACCAUCCUCGGUCCAUUGCUCGGGUGUGAGUCACAGCAAUUGGCGGAGAAAGUGGCAAAGAGGCUACAGAAGCAAAUCUACGUGAGCUGCAACAUUCCGGCUGAGCGCAUGAGUCGCCCAUUCAUUGAGAAGCAUCUCGUGGAUGAGAUUAAAAAUCGACCAGAAAUGUUUUAAAGAAAAUCCAAUAAAUAAAUAAAAUACUUAAGACUCUCA